AGACAGAGACGCAGACAGACUCACACAGAGACACACAAACAGAUAGAUACGCACACACGCACACAGACACACAGACUCACACAGAGACACACAAACACACACACAGAGACACAGAGACACGCGGGCCCAGUUGGACAAGGAGGAGGCGGCAGGGAGUGGUGAUGGCGUGGGGUGUGGACCUGUGGGACCAGUUUGAUGCUGUGGAGCGGCACACCGGCUGGGGUCUCGAGUUCCUCGAGAGGCUCUCCAAGUUUGUGCGCGAGCGUGCCGACGUGGAGGCCGCCUACGCCAAGCAGCUGCGGAACCUGCAGAAGAAGUACCUGCCCAAGCGCGUCACCGAGGAGGAGAAGAGCUACACGUCCUGCCGCGCCUUCUUCGCCACGCUGCAUCAGCUGGGCGAAUACGCCGGGCACCACGAGCAGCUGGCUGACACGCUGGCGGACCGCGUGGUGGGCAGCCUGGCGCGCUACCACGCCGAGGCCAAGCAACAGCGCAAGGCGUUGCUGUUCGAGGGACGGCGAGCACAGCGGCACCUGGACACGUGUUGGAAGCAGGUGGAGGAGAGCAAGCGCAAGUGCGAGCGGGACACCCGCGAGUCCGACCGCGCCCGGCAGACGAUGCAGCGCCACGACUGUGACCCCAACUCGUCGCGCGCCGACGUGGAGAAGGCCCGCACCGCCGCCGCUGCCCGCAAGCGCGCCGCUGAGGACAGCCGCGCCGACUUCGUCGGCCAGAGGGACGGCUUCAACCGGGAGCAGGCGGACCACUUCUACAGCGUCAUGCCCGCUCUCUUCCACGAGCUGGAGGAGAUGGAGGCGUGCCGUCUCUCCAAGGUGCGUGAGUAUCUCCGCCGCUACGCCGACGCCGAGCUCAAGGUGCUGCCGGCCAUCGGCGGCUGCCUGGACGAGGUCGCACGAGCUGCCGACAGCAUCAACGAGAGGCAGGACUGCCACACGGUAGCCCGGCUGUACCGCUCCGGCUACGAGCGUCCCCGUGACCUGGACGUGGAGGACUCCCCCCCACGACUGCCACACGGUAGCCCGGCUGUACCGCUCCGGCUACGAGCGUCCCCGUGA